AUGAACCCUAACCUCCCUCAUCAGCAUCAUCAUCAUCUCCACCAAACCCCCCACCUAACCACUUACCUCACCCACCUCCCCUUCCUCCCUCUCCACCAACGCAUCACCUCCCUGAACCUGCUAUCCCAAUCCCUCACCCCCCAAAUAACCCCCACCGGCACGCGCCUCAUCAGCCACCCAUCCUUCACCGGCCCGGCACCCCUCGACCACCUUGGCACCAUCUACAUCACGACCGGCCGCGACUGCGUGCACAACAACGCCGACCUACCCACGCGCAUCCUGCACGCCGACGUCGGCGCGCUUCUCGAGUCCGUCUACGAAAAAAGCAGAGAGAUGCUGGAUGCCGGUAUCCAGGACGGGAGCGUCGUCUUGUCGGAGGAGAAUAAGCUCAGGGAUGGUUCGGGGGCGUGUUGUCGCGGCGAACCGGAAGUUAUGUUUCGCGAGGGGUGGGCGGUGGAAGAGGCGUUGUGGUUUUAUAGAGUGGAUUUUGAGCAUAGAUGGGAGGUGGGGGAUCGGGAUGGUGAGAGGGUACUGUUGAGGGCAAGCGUGGGGAUGUUGGAGAGAGCGGCGGAGUGGGAGGAGGAGGGUGAAGGGAUGUAG